AUGCAGAUGAAAGACACAGGCCAUGUGCUCACAGGAACUAUUUCUCUCUUUGGUCUUGACAUUGCCUUCUGGAUCCUUCCUACUCAGGGCGUGGUCCCUGGCUCAGCAGCCCCAGCCCCUUCUGGGCGCCUGCCGAAGGUGCAGAGUCCCAGCCUCACCACGCCAGACCCACUGAAUCCGAGGCUACACUUUAACAAGAUCCCAGAUGGCUGCACAUUGCAGUUUGAGGAGCACUGUCUACAUGAAAUGGAAGGAGCAGAGUUUUCAUCGGGACAACUGACAGCACAGCGGGUCAUUCAGGACACAGCUAAGGCUUGCCUUAAAAUCUUUACUGAGGUGGAUUAUGGAAAAUUGAAAUGUCUAGACGAGGCCCUGGUUCGGGGGCCCAGCUGUAAUUCAGCCGAAUGCGUUAUCUACGGGAGCCUGGUAAUUAAGGCCCACAUCACAAAGAAAACCCGCCUGCCUAACUGCUCUCACCCCACUCCCCGCCUCGAGGAGCUGACGCGCUCCCGCACAGACCGCCCGCUUCUGGCGCUGAACCUGGGGUUUCCAAAAGUCCUGGGAGACCAACAAGUGUUCUCUGGUGGCCUGCAGGAGUGGAGAGAACAGCUCCUUCGCCCUGCUCUGACGUUCUACACGUCACAGGGAAGUUCUGAGCCAGGGGACACACCAGUGCUCCCGCCUAAUGACCGUGUCUCACCUGCAGGGCGAACUCUGUUGGAGAAGCUGUUCAGCCAGCAGGAGAACGGGCCUCCAGAAGAAGCAGAGAAGUUUUGCUCACGGAUCAUUGCCAUGGGUCUCCUCCUUCCUUUCAGUGACUGCUUCAGGGAACCGUGCGGGCAGAGUGCCCAGUCCAGCUCAGCUCCGUUUGAUCAAGAUCAACUUUACACCUGGGCUGCGGUUAGUCAACCCACACACUCACUGGAUUAUAUAGACGGACAGUUUCCCAGGCGAGUCCCGUCUGCUUGGCCACCAUCUAAACCUCCUGAUGAAGAACCCAGGCCCAGGGAUGCUGACGCAGAGGAUGAUGGAGAAUCUCAAUCUGCUGUUUUAGAAACUCCGAAAAAAUGUUCAGAUGCUGUUCAGGAGGAAGUUUCUGACAUGAAGUCUGAGGGUCAGGCCACUGUCAUUCAGCAGCUGGAACAGACCAUUGAGGAUCUGAGGACCAAAAUAGCCGAACUAGAGAAGCAGUACCCUGCUGUGGACAUGGAGGUGGCAGCUGGCCCUCACAGGGUUCAGAAUGGAGUGGCACGUUCAGAAGAUGUCUGUCUGGAAGCUCUCAGGUUAGGAGAAAAGGAUGUAAGGCAUCAAAGGAUUUUACAGGCAAAGUCAAUCCAGACGUCCCCGACAGAAGAGGGCAGGACACUGACGCUGCCUUCUGUUAGUGCCUCUCCAGAGUGUCCCCCAGGCCCACCUGGGGCUGAAAGUGGAGACUCAGCGGUGCCAUCCUCACCUUCUGGACCUCAGACAAAAUUCUGUUCAGAGAUAUCUGUGGUUGUGUCUCCAAGGCGAAUAUCAGUACAGCUCGACGCACAUCAGUCCAGCCAGACUCCACCACCUCCACCCCUUCCCUGGUCUGAUGGUCAAGGACAGGCCGGACCUCAGCCUUCCCAUCCUUCUCUUCAUACUGAGUCUGAAGCCAGCCAUGAGCACUCUGUUUGCUCCUCCUUUGAAAACAGCCGUGACAUCCCACCCCCACCACCUCUGCCUUGUACAGAGUCCUCCAGCUCCAUGCCUGGCCUGGGCCUGGCGGCUCCCCCACUCCCCCCUCUCCUUGGCAUGACAGGGCUUGCUCUGCCCAGUACAGCAGGGCCCUCACCUCAUCCUCUGCCUGGUACAGAGAUGCUGCCACCCCCUCCCCCACCUUUGCCUGGAAUCCCUCCUCCCCCUCCACUUCCUGGAGAGGGAAUCCCCCCUCCCCCUCCACUUCCUGGAGUGGGGAUCCCUCGCAUCCCCCUACCCCCACCAGCCCCUCUGCUUCCUGGAUCAGGCCUCCCUCUCCCACUACAAGCUGGGAGCAGCACUUUACCAGCACCGCAAGUGUGUGGAUUUCUUCCUCCUCCAUUGCCAACUGGCUUGUUUGGAUUAGGGAUGAACCAGGACAAAGGGAGUAGGAAACAGCCAAUAGAACCCUGUCGGCCAAUGAAGCCUCUCUAUUGGACCAGAAUUCAGCUACAUAGUAAAAGAGACUCCAGUGCUUCACUUAUUUGGGAAAAAAUUGAAGAGCCAUCCAUAGAUUGUCAUGAAUUUGAGGAAUUAUUUUCCAAAACUACUAUAAAGGAGAGGAAGAAACCUAUUUCUGACACCAUCACCAAGACCAAGGCUAAGCAAGUUGUCAAGUUACUAAGCAACAAGAGAUCACAAGCAGUCGGAAUCCUGAUGUCUAGCCUUCACUUAGAUAUGAAAGAUAUCCAACACGCUGUUGUGAACUUGGACAAUUCUGUGGUUGACCUGGAGACCCUUCAAGCUCUCUAUGAGAAUAGAGCACAGUCAGAUGAACUGGAAAAAAUUGAAAAGCAUGGCCGGUCCUCCAAAGACAAGGAAAAUGCCAAGUCUCUGGACAAACCUGAGCAGUUCCUUUAUGAACUGUCACUAAUCCCCAACUUUUCAGAGCGAGUCUUUUGCAUCCUGUUCCAGUCCACAUUUUCAGAAAGCAUUUGCUCAAUUCGUCGCAAACUGGAGUUGCUACAGAAAUUGUGUGAGACAUUAAAAAAUGGCGCAGGGGUUAUGCAGGUUUUGGGUUUGGUUCUUGCCUUUGGCAACUACAUGAACGGUGGAAAUAAGACUCGGGGACAGGCAGAUGGCUUUGGAUUAGACAUCCUUCCGAAGCUGAAAGACGUCAAAAGCAGUGACAACAGCAGGAGCCUUUUGUCAUACAUUGUUUCCUAUUAUCUGCGCAAUUUUGAUGAGGACGCUGGAAAGGAGCAGUGUGUGUUUCCGCUGCCUGAACCCCAGGACCUCUUCCAGGCCUCACAGAUGAAGUUUGAAGAUUUUCAAAAAGACCUCAGAAAACUGAAGAAAGACCUGAGAGCCUGUGAGGUUGAAGCAGGGAAAGUGUACCAGGUAUCCUCAAAAGAGCACAUCCAGCCUUUCAAAGAAAACAUGGAACAAUUCAUUGUUCAAGCUAAAAUUGACCAAGAAGCAGAGGAGACCUCACUGACAGAGACUCAUAAAUGCUUUUUGGAGACUACAGCCUAUUUCUUCAUGAGACCAAAAAUCGGAGAGAAGGAGGUGUCCCCCAACGCUUUCUUCAGUAUCUGGCAUGAAUUCAGCUCUGACUUUAAAGACUAUUGGAAGAAAGAGAACAAACUUAUUCUACAAGAGAGAGUAAAAGAAGCUGAAGAGGUGUGUAGACAGAAAAAGGGAAAAUCACUUUAUAAAAUAAAACCAAGGCAUGACUCUGGAAUUAAAGCAAAAAUAAGCAUGAAAACCUGAACAACAAAAAGCAGAAUGAAAAUGAGUCACUGCAACCACUUCCACAAAACUCUUCUGACCUGAGGGCGAGAAGGAAACUCAUCAUUUUGAUCACUUUUCUUCUUGACCUCCUGCAUAAUCUUUGUGUUUUCCAGACAGUUCACUGUAUGUUGAAUUUUACAGAACAUUUAUACAAAAAUGCGAAAGCAGUAGACCAGUGCAGAACCUGACACCUUUUCUUUCUGUAGACGUGUAUAUGGUAUUGUGCCGACAGACCACGACAGCAUGUGCAAGGGGCAGUCUGCACUGAUCUGAACGUGCUAGAGAGUAACCCAAAAUUUACUUAUGUGAGAAUACUCCUCAUCACAGCAAAACUUUCCCUUCCACUGACAACCGGCACUCCGCAUCACUGCAUUUAGAUUUAUGGUUCUUUCUAGUGAAUUGUUUGUAUCAGUUUCAUGUCUACCUAUAAAUUUUCUAUUUUAAAAUUUAAGUACCAUUUAUAUAUAUCAUAGUCAAGGCUUUCCCAACUCUUGGGUUGGUCUCUGUAACUAUAUAUUUGUGAAAGAAGAUUAUCAUUUUUUUUACUCAGCAGAUAAUGACUAGAAAAACUAUAGCAAAAGGAAAACUCUUCCUAUAAAUCAUUUCAAACAGGCAAGAAUCAGAGUUUUAAGUUUAAUGGGGACUUUUAUCAGAUCACGUCCUUUGGGACCCUACAUAAAGCCAAUCUGCAACAAAGGUAAAUUAAACCAAAGGUGUGCCUCUCUGUAACUUUGACCAUUGCCCUUCACAAAGAAAACAACACAACACUUUGAAUGAAUUUAAGUAAGUGAUGCUCAUGAAAUUGCCAAACAUGACUAACUAUUGAC